UGAGGCUACUGGGUUGUAACAAGUCAGUGAGUUUUCGGGGGAACUUUGUAUCAGAACUAGGAAGAGACUGCAUUGUUACAGCGCAGGAGACUGGUUUAAAUAUUUUGUAGUUUCGUUGAUUAUUUGCUACCAAAGCUUACACCACACAAUACAAUGGCUGACCAACUCACUGAAGAACAGAUCGCUGAGUUCAAAGAGGCUUUCUCCCUGUUUGAUAAGGACGGCGAUGGCACCAUCACCACAAAAGAACUGGGCACCGUGAUGAGGUCACUAGGACAGAACCCCACUGAGGCAGAGCUCCAGGAUAUGAUCAAUGAGGUGGAUGCUGAUGGCAAUGGUACAAUAGACUUCCCAGAAUUCCUCACUAUGAUGGCGCGGAAGAUGAAAGAUACGGACAGUGAGGAAGAGAUCAGAGAAGCCUUCAGAGUAUUUGAUAAGGAUGGCAAUGGUUACAUCAGUGCUGCAGAGUUGCGCCACGUCAUGACAAACCUGGGGGAGAAGCUGACGGAUGAGGAGGUGGAUGAGAUGAUCAGGGAGGCAGACAUUGAUGGUGACGGACAGGUCAAUUACGAAGAGUUUGUGCAAAUGAUGACUGCAAAGUGAAGCACUUUUUUUUUUCUUUUUACAUUGCCUGUUCUCCUUUUGAUCACUCUGUCUAUAAAAAGACAUACCAAAAAAAAAACUUUACUCUUUUAAAAUCUGUAAUCUGGUUCUAAUUAAAAAAAAUCAACACAUUUUAGUACAGAAAAAAGAAAUCUGCAUGAGCUCUCUCCAAGAAGCCUGAUUCCCAAAGCAACCCUUUGAAAAUGAUUAAGUAUUGACAGAACCAAUGACUGAGACCGUUUUUUGUUCAUUGAACCAAGGCCAGCUUAACAUCCUGAGCAUUUUCUGUUUUGUAACAAUUAACCGUGCAGCUAGCAAGUCAACUAUAACAGUUUAAAACCAAUAAAAACAAACCCUUGCAUGCUCUUCUUCAGACGGUUCUGUAUUGUUACAGUGGAGGCCUUUUGCUGCGGCUUAUGGAGUCCUGAUUUGUGUACAGAUGGUGGGGUUAUAAAUACAUGCAUAGUUAUAAAAUAACUAAGGAGUUGAGGUUUGAGAUCAUAUGGAUAUUAUGGCUGGGGGCUGCACUGAAAUGUAAAGCAGGGUAUGGAAUUGGUAUACAGCACUGUGGGGGGGGGGUCCUAUUACUGCAGCAUCAGUGUAGUUUUGCAAUGCAUUUAUUAAUUUAGGAAUCAAUUUUAAUAAAGUGAAUGCAGUACACAUAGAUGGCAUUGCUGUAUAUACUUAAUUUGCAAAAUGUACAUGUAAUGCUUUCCCAUGCAUUAUAUAUCAACACAAGAUGUGUUGAUGUAAACUUUUUGUGCAACAAUAGUGUUUACCUAAUAUGGUAUGGCCUGUGACGAUUACUUUAUUU